AUGAGGCAUUUAUAUAUCGCUUUAUUGUGUAUUACUGUGCUUCACAAUCACAUGAGGGGGUCUCUCAUCAAACCAGUGUGCAUUCUCCACCUGGAUGAUUACACAGUAUAGUUUAAUUACAUCCAAAGUAACUGUAAUUAAAUUACAGACAAAAUAAGAGUAACCCCUUACUUUACUUAAAGUAAUUAAAAUUACAGUAACUAAUUACUUAGUAACUAGUUACACCCAACACUGUCGGCAGGAUGUGACUUUUUGAUAUUCUUUAUUAUCAGAAAUGGAUUACUGUUUAUUAUGUUCAUAAGUUUUUUUUACUUUAAUCUUGUUACUUCAUAGAGUCAAAGAGAUGUAAUAUGCAUGGGUUAGCACAGAAUUAUUAUUGCACAGAUUUUGUUUGCAGGGAUAGUAAAAUACAGUGUAAAAUCAGCCAGAUUGUAUUGCCCUAUACGAUGGUUGAGCAGGGAACUAAGUACCAGGGAAUCAUUCAGAAAUUAAAUAAAACAUUUUCUCCUUUUAAAAAGUCAAUAAAUAUUUAAAUAAAAUCUGGCACGUAUUGUCUCAUAGUGCUAAACUACUGAAAGAAGUUAAAGAUUUGCUGUUUACGGUCUUGAUGUCUUGGGUUUUGUGAGUGGGAAGCUCAGUGCUGUGACCUUUUCUCUCCUGAUGUCUCCUAACAUUUGCAUUAACUUUGCAUAACAUUUGCAUUUAAGUACUUCAGAUGUGAGGGGAGGUUUUUUUAGGUGUUCUUCAAUACAAACAUUGUGACAACUGCAAACAAUUUAAAAGGCCGGUUUUCUACCAACCGUUUGCUGAGACCAACAACCCUACACAUUAAAUAAUAUUUAAGUAGGACUGUGCAAAAUUGUUUUUAUAUUUGCAGAAUUAUUCACUAUUUUUGUUCCAAAGAACCUUAUAUUUUGCCAAGAUACCUGUCACAUGAUGGACUACUAGUAGUACGUACAAAAACCAUUGUUGACAGUUGGACAGACUGGGUCCAUGCAAAACAGGGAAGGGUUUCAAAAUGAGAUGCAUUAGAAAUCCCUAGCAAAGCUUGCAAAACCAUUUGCUUUGCAUAAAAGACAUCAAGACACUACUGACACAUGAAAGACGUCUUUGUGUCACACGUUACACAUUUUGGUUGGAAUUGUUUUUAAAGAAGUGCAAUAUGUUCUCACUUCCUCUGCAGGCUUGUCACAAUCACAUUGGAAGAUCCUCAGUGGUCCUUGGUGAUGAUGAAAGUCUCAACAUUCAUGACCGCUGAAUCUGAACAAUCAUCAGCGUACCACCAGUCCAUCACCACUGGAACUCAAACUUGAAAGGUUUUCAAAUAUGCCUUGAAUCCAAACAUCACAUCAGCCAGGAAUCUCUUACUGUCCGUUCAGUCUAAACUAGAGUCAAAGACUGAAGUCAUCGAGAUGUUCAUAAACAUGCGCCGAUUCAGAAAAUGUCAUCUACGGCUGAUCGUUACGUUUUUUACUACCCUACUGAUCAUGGUAAACUGGGAGAAUAUUGACAAUAAAAUUCUAACCCAUGUCAAGUCAUACACGUACCGCUACCUACAUAAUAGCUUCCAGUUUAUCAACACAAGCUUUAGAGUCAGUCCUGCGGAGGCUAUAAGGUACAGCAAUCAUAAAUACCUCUUAAACCAUGACAAGAAAUGUGGUGCAAAAGACAUUCUGCUCUUGAUAUUCGUGAAAAGCUCCUCUCAGAACUUCGAGAGAAGACACGCCAUCCGCACUACAUGGGGGAACGAGGUGUACGUUGAAAACACGUUGGGGGUCACUAUAAAGGUACUGUUUGCUCUUGGUGUCCAUCCUGAACAAAAGAAGAGAAAAAUCAUUCGCCAGCAAUUGAUCUUAGAGAACCAAAAAUACAAAGACCUCAUCCAGCAGGACUUCAUCGACACUUUCCACAAUCUCACGCUCAAGCUCCUCUUGCAGCUCAGCUGGAAAGAAAGCUACUGUCGCCACGCCAACUUCUUCAUGUCUACGGACGACGACGUCUUUAUCCACAUUCCAAACCUAAUUCGCUACUUGCAACAGAUUGCCCGCAGUGACAAUAAAAACCUUUGGAUAGGAAGGGUGCACCGCGGGUCUCCGCCUGUACGGGAUAAAACUAGCAAGUACUACGUGUCCCAAGAUAUGUACUCGUGGUUGUCCUACCCAGACUACACCCCUGGGUCUGGAUAUGUCCUCUCUAAAGAUGUGGCUACCAAGAUCUAUCAAGCUUCACGCACAUUAAACGCUUCCCUUCACAUCGACGAUGUCUUCCUUGGAAUUUGUGCCAAAAUCAUGGACAUCUCUCCCAAGGAUCAUGUUUUCUUUUCAGGGGAGGGAAAAGCUCAUUAUCACUGUUGUAUCUACAACCAGAUGAUGACUUCGCACGGCCAUGUGAGUGACAUCUAUGAAUUGUGGGGGCGCGUGACAGAUCCUGAAGCUUGUCAAAUGUCCUCAGGACUGUUUUCGAGGCUCUACUGCACCCUUGUGAAAGUGAGGCUUUUAUGCGUGCCAUUUUGGUCAUACUCAUACCCAUGCAAUGCAGCUUUUGUGUAAAACAUGACCAUUAUUUGUGGUUUAUGUAUCAAGAAACGCAUGCUUUCAUGUUAAUUGUAGCUCAUGGUACACAUUGUGGUAACCCUAGUGGUAACACUUCUGACCAAACUAUACUGUUAUGACUGUCAAACUUCUCACUUACUUAUACUUUUAAGCAACCAAACAUUGAAUGUCAUGCACCUUUUGGUUAUAAAGUACAAAGGUAGGAUUUUCUUUACAAAUA